UGGUGGCGCGAUGAGGCUGCUGCUAAUGUCGCUAGCGCUGCUCCUCGGCGCCGCGGCAGAUCCGCGCCUGGGCAGCACGCCGCGCCCGCGCCACUGGCAACGCGGCGCGCGCACGCUCUCUGACCGCGCCAACACACAGUUUGUGGGUCCCCACGUGUGUCGCUCACGCAACAGCACGCAUUGCUGCCCCGGGUGGACGUCGAGGCCCAACUCCUUACUUUGUGUAGUUCCUCUAUGCCGGCCCGACUGCGGGUCGCCGGGCUCUUGCGUGGCGCCCAACAUGUGCCGGUGUCCGGGCGGGGUGGAGGCGCCCACUUGCGGAGGAGGUGGACUUUACCCUUACCCUGCUCGGACGAGGGGCGGAUGUAGAAGAAUUUGUAUGAAUGGCGGCACUUGCACAAAUGGUACCUGCUCCUGUGCCCCUGGCUGGAGUGGAGAGUUUUGCACUGAACCAAUUUGCCGCGAGCCGUGUCUGCACGGCGGAAGAUGUAUAGCGCCCGACAGAUGCGUAUGCUUCCAUGGUCUUUCUGGUACACGCUGUGAAAUCGACAGACGGACAGGGCCUUGCUACACUGAUACAAGAGGAGCAUUAUGUACGGGAGCGUUAGAAGGAGUGGUUUGCACCAAGCAGCUAUGUUGUGCCACGGUGGGAGUGGCAUGGGGGCACCCUUGCGAACGAUGCGGUGACCUGGACUGUCCCACUGGCCAUUUGAGGAAUUUGGCUACCAAGGAGUGCCAGGAUAUAGAUGAAUGUGCUGCCGUACCAGGCCUUUGCGAAGGAGGAAGAUGUAUCAACUCCAUCGGGUCUUUUUCUUGCGAAUGCCCACCGGGUCAGAGGAGGCAUAGGGUCAGCAAUAAUUGUGAAGACAUCGACGAGUGUGAGGACCCUGAUAUUUGUCCAAACGGAAAAUGUGUGAACACAGAAGGCGAUUACUAUUGUCUCUGCAACCCUCACUUUAUUCCGAGCCCUGAUAAGAAGUUUUGUAUAGAUGGCCGUGUGGGUAGUUGCUUCACAUAUUUGGGAGAUACAGGCGAAUGUGCAGACAGACUGCCGAUGCCACUUUCAAAUAGAGAUUGCUGUUGCGGUUAUAACAUGGGAAGAGCUUGGGGUGAUCUGUGCACUCCUUGCCCCCCUAGAGGCUCAACUGAAUGGACUCAUCUGUGUGGAGGUGGUAUAAUUCCACCAGACUGGAAACGGAACGAUACUAGCGGCGGUGGCAUCGGUGGCGAUGGAGGUGGAGGAGGAAGAGAGCCAGCACACAUUGCCAAAAUUAACGAAUGUAUGCUGAGGAACGGCAUCUGUGGACUUGGGAACUGCGUUGAUAAGGAUAUUGGAUAUCAGUGUCAAUGUUGGAAUGGCGCAGAGCUGAUAGAACAAGACGGCAACCCAACAUGCAUAGACAUCGACGAGUGUGCGCUGCAGUACUGCAGGGGUGGCCAGUGUAUUAACAACCCUGGCAGUUUCGAGUGUAGAUGCCCGCCCGGCUUCGACCCCGUGGAGAACGGCCUACGAUGCAGCGACACGAACGAGUGUGAAAUGACCAAUGGGGGCAUGUGUCCCAAUGGAGUCUGCACCAACAUGGAUGGCAGUUACGAGUGUUCAUGCAACCCGGGCUACGAGCAGACAGAGACCGGCCACGCGUGCCGCGACGUGGACGAGUGUGCGGACAACCCGCGCGUGUGUCGCCGCGGACGCUGCCGCAACACGCCCGGGGGCUACGAGUGCGUGUGCGAGCCUGGCUUCGCGCGCAUCCCGGCCGGCUACUGCGCUGAUGUCGACGAGUGCGCCGAUAAAAGCCUCUGUCAGGGUGGUCGCUGCGUUAACGGCGAAGGUUCUUUCCAAUGCGUCUGCGAGGCUGGUUACCGUCCUACGCCAGACCGGAGCGCUUGUAUCGACGUCGACGAGUGUUCAGAGCUCAAGAUCUGCCGCAAUGGAAAAUGCCACAACACUCCGGGGUCCUUCCGAUGUGAAUGUCUCGCUGGGUUCACGCUUAGUAAUGACGGAAGAACUUGUCUUGACGAAGUUCAGGAUUUGUGUUACGAAAAAUUUGAAGAAGGGCAAUGCACUGGGCCCGGCACCACGCCUGUUACCAAGUCUCAAUGUUGCUGCAGUGCCAGCAAAGGUUUACAUCUAGGCUGGGGAGUAUCUUGCAAGCCCUGUCCCGCAAAAGGCAGCAAAGACUACGAGAUCCUUUGCCCCGAAGGCGCAAGCAAAGAUAAUGGAGGCGCAGACAUCAACGAAUGUACCAUGAUCCCGGGUAUAUGCCCCCAUGGUACUUGCGAGAACCUCGAGCCGGGGUACAAGUGUAUUUGCGACCCUGGGUACCAUCAAGACCAUGAUGGCAUAUGCAGGGAUAUCGAUGAAUGCGACAUGCAUCAGUCGUACUGCACGGGCGGGCAGUGCCGCAACUCGAUGGGCAGCUUCUCGUGCGUGUGCCCGCCCGGCACGCGCUACGAGCCGGACGAGCAGCUCUGCCGCGACAUUGACGAAUGCGAGGGUGAGCUAGUUUUCCUCGUCACGGAUUAUGACCGCGGGGACAUCCCCCCCAUGUUCCCCGUCGCCACAGAACAAUCGAACCCUUGCGACAAUGGCCGCUGCAUCAACACGCACGGCAGUUACGAAUGCGAAUGCGAACAUGGUUUUGUGUUGGACACUACUGGACAGCAUUGUCUUGAUAACCGACGAGGGUCGUGUUGGCGAAGAGUGGUAGACGGCCAGUGCGAAGCGGCGGCGCCAAAGCCUCUGCUCAGGCAAGAGUGCUGCUGCAGUGUUGGUUUGGCGUGGGGCUCCCCGUGCGAACCCUGCGAACCUGAUGACUGCCCUUGCCCUAAGGGAUUCGCAAAGCUGGAUGGAGCAACAUGUCGUGACAUAGACGAGUGCAUGUUGGAUCCAGAGCUCUGUAUCGGAGGCCAGUGCGUCAACACAGACGGGUCUUAUCGCUGCGAAUGUCCACCGGGGUUAACUCUUGAUGCAUCUGGUAACCGCUGUGUAGACACUCGUCGCGAGUAUUGCUACACGGACUACGUGGGAGGUCGUUGCUCGAAUCCUCUGCAAGUGGUUGUUUACAAGGCCAUCUGCUGCUGCUCCUCGCUCGGCAAGGCGUGGGGCGACAGCCGCUGUGAACCCUGCCCUAAGAAAGGAACGGAUUCCUACCGGGAUCUCUGCAUUUCUGACGGCGAGUACCCUUCAACGAUCUGGGACCGGCCUGGACCGGGUGGCCCCAACAGAACAGACAUCUGGAGCCACACAGGCGGCGGGGAUGGCACGGGGGAUGGAUGGGACAUUGAUGGUGGGAACUGGGGGAACGGGACUGACAGCUGGGGGCCUGGCGGCGGCACGGGGGUCAUACCGGGACAGAUGGAUGUUAAUGAGUGCGCAGCCUUCCCUGGUCUCUGCGGACAUGGACGGUGUAGGAACAUGCUUGGGGCGUUUACCUGCGAUUGCUUCCCUGGGUAUGAAAAGGAUUCCAAGAACCACACCUGCGUGGACGUGAACGAAUGCGAAAUAGUUGACGACGUGUGCGGGUCGGGCGAGUGUCGCAACACGGAGGGCAGUUUCACCUGCCACUGCCACCCGGGGUACAUCACGGAUGAACUGUCUAAAGUGUGUGUUGAUGUCAACGAGUGUCUUGAGAAUCGCGCACUAUGUCGUGGCGGACGUUGCGUGAACACACCAGGCUCCUUCCGUUGUGAGUGUGCGCCUGGCAUGGAGUUAGCACCAGAUCGUCUUUCCUGUAAGGACAUCGACGAAUGUUCCAUCACUUCAGGUAUCUGCAGCAACGGUGCGUGCGAGAACCAAAUGGGCACAUACCAGUGCGUAUGUGACGAGGGUUACGCGCAGUCUACGGUCAAGUCCCACUGCGACGACAUCGACGAGUGCACGGAGGACCCAACUCGCUGCCAACACGACUGUGUCAACUCUCCUGGCUCCUACCAUUGUACUUGCAGGGACGGCUGGCAUCUUCGUGCAGACGGGCGAACAUGUCGUGACAUAGAUGAAUGCAGCGGUGGAGCGAGGAUCUGUGGCGGUGGGGUAUGCAGGAAUACUCCUGGGUCAUACAUCUGCACCUGCGGGGAGGGCCUGCUGCCAUCGCCUGAUGAUACCAAACCCACCUGCUUGGAUAUCGACGAGUGUUCUGAUAUACCAGAUCUGUGCGGUGCUGGGGAAUGCCGCAACACCAUCGGCAGCUUUGUCUGCCGCUGUCCCGACGGCUACAGCGUGAAGCCGGAGCAAGGUCCUGCCUGUACUGAUGACGAUGAGUGCGAGCUGGGCACGUGUGACUGUCACCCCUCUGCCGACUGCAUCAACUUGCCAGGUUCCUUCCAAUGCCGCUGCCGUGACGGCUGGAGGGGCGACGGCACGGAGUGUGAGGACGUGGACGAGUGCCUCACCAACAACGGAGGAUGCCACCCGAGGGCCAACUGCACCAAUACCGACGGAUCAUUUAUGUGCUUGUGCGACACUGGGUACAAGGGAGAUGGGUAUUCCUGUGUGGACAUCGACGAGUGUGCCAACGACCCAACGUUAUGUGAGAACGGACACUGCACCAACAUGCCCGGUGGAUAUGAAUGCGACUGUGACGUUGGAUUCACUAAAUCUGAUGAUGGGAAAUCUUGUCCUGAUAUGGACGAGUGUGCAACGUUCGACAACGUCUGCGUGUUCGGUCGAUGCGAAAACACCUACGGCAUGUUCAAGUGUAUUUGCGACAAAGGCUACCAGUCUGACAGCAUCGAUGAUCUGAUGCCGGGCUUUAAUUGCACGGACGUGGACGAGUGCAAGUCGCCGCAGUCGUGCCAGUACGGGCAGUGCAUCAACACACAGGGCUCCUACAUUUGUCGCUGUCCGCCCAACUAUGAGCUGGUAUCUGAUGGCACCGCAUGUUACGAUUCCAGAAAGGCGCGCUGUUACGGCAAAGUUGACUUGCGCUCAGGAACUGAACAGUGCCACGACAGUGACCAGAUAUCUGAAGACGGCACAAUGGCUGCCUGUUGCUGUUCUGUGGGUGCUGCGUGGGGUAAUUAUUGCGACCUGUGCCCGGAGCCUGGCUCUGAAGCUUACAGACAACUGUGUCCUGGUGGACCUGGUUACCAACCGGUUUUGGAACCCCCAUCAUAUGUGGUAACACUAGCAGACAUCGACGAGUGCGCUCAACAUCCAGAGCUUUGCGAAGAUGGCACGUGCACGAACACUUUCGGCUCAUUCGUGUGCACGUGCGGAGACGGACGGCAGCUGACGGCCGACGAGCAGCGCUGCGAGGACAUCGACGAGUGCGCGCGGCCGGAAAUAUGUGGUCCCGGCGUGUGCAGGAACAUGCCCGGCUCCUAUGUGUGUCUGUGCCCUGAGGGAUACGUGGCCAUGCCUAAUGGGAAGGAGUGCGUAGACGUUCGUCAAAGGCAAUGUUACAUGGACUGGGACCCAGACACGGGACGUUGUUCUGCAGCGGUGGGAGUCCCCCAAACUAAGUACCUUUGCUGCUGUUCAGUUGGUAAGGCCUGGGGCGCGCCUUGCGAAGCCUGCCCAGACAAAGGGUCCCAGGAACACAUGGCGCUGUGUGGAGAGAAGCCGGGAGAGUAUAUAAACCCGAUGACCAAUGAGACGAAGCCGAUUAACGAGUGUGACAUCAUGCCGCAGCUAUGCAAGCCUGGUACUUGCCACGACACACCAACUGGGUUUCAGUGCGGUUGUGAUCAUGGUUACGAGCAUGACAACACCUCUCACCUCUGCCGCGACAUCGACGAAUGCGCAUCACGGCAAACCCCAUGUCGUGGACUGGCGCAGUGCGUGAACCUCCCCGGAACGUAUGAGUGCAAGUGUCCAGCUGGCUACCGACUCACUUCCGCGCUAGAUGAGUGUGAAGACGUGGACGAGUGUGCCGACGAGAGGCUGUGCGAACAUGGAGAGUGCAGGAAUACUAUUGGAUCUUAUCGUUGCGAGUGUAUGCCGGGCUACAUGCUUCGAGACAACGUGUGUCGUGACGUGGACGAGUGCAACAGGCCGCGCCCGCUGUGCCGCAACGGCACGUGCGAGAACCUCCCCGGCACGUAUGCGUGCCAUUGCGACGAGGGUUUCAAGUCCGGCGCGAAUAAUGAUUGUAUUGACAUCAACGAGUGCCGCGAAGGAGGCAUGGUGUGCCGCAACGGGCGCUGUCGCAACACGGCCGGCUCGUUCCGCUGCGAGUGCGCCCCGGGGUACACGCUCACGGGGGACGGACGAAACUGUCGCGACGUGGACGAGUGCACCGAGCUGCCGUCGCCUUGUGGACGAGAUGGAUCGCCUUCUUGCACCAAUACUAAUGGCGGGUAUGAAUGCUCGUGUGGCAUCGGCUGGCGGUUGAUGGGCAAGCGCUGCGUGGAUCGGGACGAGUGCAGGGAGCAGCAGUACGUCUGCGCUGGUGGGGAGUGCCACAACUUUAAUGGAGGCUAUCGCUGCGAUUGUCCCCCUGGUUGGCGAUUCGACAAGGCAGCUGCAGUGUGCGUGGACGAGCGGAAAGAACUAUGUUAUGACGAGUGGAACGCUGGGAGAUGUCACAAGGCACGACCUUUGCAGCUGGGAAGACCUGAGUGCUGCUGUUCUGAAGGACAGGCCUGGGGAAGAUAUUGUGAACGAUGCCCCCCACCCGACUCUCCAGAGUUCCUCCGCAUCUGUCAAGGAGGGAUGGGCCGACCGAACCUCACCCAAGAUCUCGACGAAUGUAAAGUCCGCCCUGACGUGUGCAAGGGAGGCCACUGCAUCAACACCGACGGGUCGUUCCGCUGUGACUGUGCCCCGGGAUACAUACUGGAUGAGACGGGCUUGGCGUGCGUGGAUGCGGAUGAGUGUGCUACGGACCCCAGGAUAUGUGGCAAUGGGACAUGUACUAAUACCCCCGGUGGAUACGAGUGUAGAUGUAAUUAUGGCUUCACGCAGGGGACUGAACAGACGUGUGUGGACAUAGACGAAUGUGCGGAGGGUCGAGCGGCGUGCUCGUUCCGUUGCCACAACACUGCGGGCUCCUUCCGCUGUACCUGCCCCUUCGGGUACCGCCUCGCGCCCGACGGCGUCCACUGCCGCGACGUCGACGAGUGCGCCGCUGACCCAGCCGUGUGUCCGCAUGCGUGCGAAAACGUUGUCGGCUCCUACAUCUGCAAGUGUCCUGAAGGCUACAAAAGAACCUCAGCUCCCCACGAUGCGCUCGAUGCCUGCGAAGACAUUGAUGAAUGUGCGGAACACUCCGACCGCUGCUCUCCCGGGGUCUGCAUCAACACAGAUGGUGGCUAUACGUGUGACUGUGACGCGGGAUAUGAGCCCAGUGAGGACGGACAGUCUUGCAUCGAUCGCCGGACGGGAAUGUGUCACAGAUCCCUUGUGUCAGGGAGAUGCGUACCGGAACCUUGGCCGAGGUCACUUGCAUCGACACCCACUCCACCUACACAAGUUACCAAAGCACAAUGUUGCUGCACUCUCGGCGUAGCGUGGGGUCCUGAGUGCGAACUGUGUCCUCUGCCAGGGACCCCUGAACGCAUGGACCUCUGCUCCCGUCCUAACCUCAUCUCGGAUAACAUGGGCGGGGGUCAUGGCGGUACUGGCGGUGGUGGGGCUGGAGGUGGUGGAGGUAUAGGAGGUGGAGACGGAUUGAUCCCGGACAUAUUCGGCGAUAUAGAUGAAUGUGCUGCUAUGCCGGGGCUUUGUGCGCCGGGACGGUGUAUUAAUACCAUUGGCAGUUUCCGUUGCGUCUGCGGUCGCGGCUUCAAGCCGGCGGGCGACAUCUGCGCCGACAUCGACGAGUGCAACGCGCGCCGCAGCCCGUGCGAGCAUCUCUGCAAGAACACCGAGGGCUCGUACGAGUGUCUGUGCAGGACUGGAUAUGAGGUGGAUGAAGAUGGCGCCAACUGCAGAGACGUCGACGAGUGUGAGCGCGGCACGCACACAUGCCAGCAAACGUGUACGAACACGGAGGGAUCCUUUGAGUGCUCCUGCCAAGAGGGCUACGAGAAACGCGGGGAUGCUUGUGUUGAUAUCAACGAAUGCCACGAGGAAGGCCUAUGUCCGACUCCUGGAAAGUGUGUGAAUCUGCUGGGCUCAUACCGCUGCGUAUGUCCGCGAGGCUUCCGGCUCGACAUCACGGGCACGCGCUGCCUUGACCGCGAUGAGUGUGAAGACGGCCGCUGCCAGGCGCCCUGCAGGAACUACGCCGGGGGAUACAGAUGCGACUGUCCUCAAGGUACAACGAGGUCCUCUAGUGGUGUGUGCGUGCCGAUGGACGUGUGCGCGGGCGGGCCGUGCGGCGGCUCGCCCUGCUUCCCGGUGGGCGGCGCCUACCGCUGCGGCUGUCCCGCUGGCUACGGCUGGGACGCUGGGCAUGCUGUGUGUUUGCAGCUGGCUGGUGGUUGUGCAACAGCAAACUGCCUCUUCGGCUGUACAUCCUUCGGCGACACAUUCCAAUGCGGUUGUCCAACUGGCUACCAACUUGUCGGCGCCGGGCAUUGUCUGACGGCGCUGGACGGAGCGUUACCCCCGGACGAUAUCGGAGACGCCCCUGUGUUCCCGGUCCGCGACCAGUACAAGAUUGGUGGCAAGAACGAGCUGAUAUCUACAGAAGGAUGCUUCAGUUGCAAGAUAAAUGGACGAAGACGCAGGGCCCCUGAAGAAGGAAUAGUGUACGCAAACGGAACUACUCUAGUCAGACGACGCAGGCGACGUAGUAGACGUCGUCGAUCAAUCUUAGAACCAGAAGCAGAACUAAUAGUUGUCACAGCAACUCCCAGACAGACGUGGGGGCGAGCACCUUUACUCCGUCUCGUGCCAUCGGAAGGCGAUGGGCGACCACACUAUAGAAUAGCUUAUGGGGACCCAGAUAGAAACUUUAUACUGUCCAAGCGAGACGGUACAUGGGCCUUAAGGCUUAGGAAACACUUAAAAUCUAAGGAGGUCUUAGAAAAGCAGUUGGAAUUAGAGGCAAGGUUUGUUGUCCCAGCAGUUGGGAAGAGGAAUAGAAGGCAUGUCAACUUAGAUAUACCGGCUCCGUUAAGGUUGUAUGUGUCUGUGCAUAUAGCUCCGCCCAAACGUUGAUAUACGAAGAUGUAGUGAGACCAACCUAUUGCGGUGAAUGUGAACAAAAUAUUCGAUCUGAUACUGUUAUUUAAUCGAUAUUUAAUUAAAUAUCGAUUUUUAAUCUGUACCCUUAGUACGACUUUGCACAUUUCGACAACGUCGAUAGAUUUCGAGUAUCGAAAAGUAUUUCGACAAACAAUGAACAUUAAUAGAUUUUCCUUGCUGUUAGUGGACAAACUUGAACCUUAAAAAGGUAUCUAGUUAAAGUCUGUUUUAGUUCGACGUUUUAGUGUUUUUUUACAAUUUGACAUUUAUCACAGUCGUCGAGACAUGCAAAUUUGUACUAAGCCUAGUGAUAAUGAUAUCGCCUUCGAAUCGAUAUCAAAAUUCAGAGUCGAAUUGUUUAUUCAGUUUGAUAACGUGAUAAACCAAUAUUAGUAACAAAUUCAGUAUCGGUACCUAUCUAAUAUUAUGAUAUUGGUGUCCAAUUUGAACCAAUGUUCGGACCCGUAAAUAUAGAAAUGUGUAGAUUUUUUUUCCACACGUGUUUUUAAAAUGAUGAAUACAUAUUUUAUACAUUUUACGAGGUUUGGACGUCGGAACAGCAUCUGAUACAGAUAACAAUUAGUAUUGGAUGUGGAAUACGUUAUUUUAUUAGUGUUAAGGAUGAAAAAUACUUGGCAUAGAGUGUAUGUAAUUGUAAAUAGAAUGCAAAGAUCAUGUUUUAUUAAAACACUGCCAUAAUAAAAUGAAAGUCAAUUUGUAAGUCACUGCCAUUCGUUUGCAUAAUAUUAUGUUAAUUAUUAUUAUUUAACUUUAUUAAGUUUCUUGGUAGGUUCGUCUCACUACUUAUUGUAUGUUGGAUUUUAAUGUGACGAAAUGGCGAAUGGUUACUAUUCGAUAUGCGACUGUAAUAUUGAUUACGGAAUUUUUCAGUAAUUAUGGUGAGCAACGUUGUUUUUUGGUGGUCCUGUGCACUAUUGGUUAAAAUUCACACUUUUAGCCUACCUACAGUUUGACUGUUUAAUUUAAAACUUUUUAGGCGCGUUGAAUAAUUUUGUGAUGGGUAAAACUUCAAGAUCGCGUCAUCGACCUGUUGUAUGGUGCUCGGAGUUUCGAUAGAUGUAAAAUCUGUACUAAGGAUGUUAAUGGGUUUAGUUUAAAAAAAUAAUGAAAUUUAAAUUUUUGAUACUAC